CCGAAAAUAGUGGCAUUUCUAGCUACCUUCGCUACCAAAAAAGGGUUUGUUUGGUUUGGUUUGUUUCAAUUGUUGAGCCUCCUUUCUUCCUAAGGGUAGCUGAUGCAAUUUUAAAGUCAUUUCUCUUUAUUUGUGGAUUUGCGACAAGAAACUAAGGAGGAGAGAGAGAACGUGCCUGAAGCACAGGGUUAAUUUGUUGGUUUUCAUGUCGUGCUAAAUAUUUAAAACUACCUAGAAAGGACCGCUGGUGAGAUUUGCUUUGUAGAGUUUUCUCACCUUUUCAAGCUUUGCCCUUUCUUUCUCUCUUAGUUGGGGGACCACCUCUCACAGGCUUGGGAGACUUCAGGCCAGUUGUUGGAUUUUGUAAGGUUACCUCUGCUCUCGGUAAAGGGCAAAGACUCCUGACUUCUGGUGGCAGGGGUGGAAGGAAAUCUCGAACAAGGCGACACGUUGAGAAAUACCUAUUGCACUCUUCCCGCAUCUUCUUCCGGGAUGAAAUCUGACGUUUCAAGUGAGAGAUAAGACUAUGGUGUACCGGGGUGAGCCUUCACCUGUACCGAUCUCUAUCAGCCCUUGAAGCCUGUGGACUUGGAACUGAAACCCAGAAAGAAGUCCCCGCGCGCGGGAACACCCUGUGGGGAAAGCAACGUGUGAGCCCGGAUUCUGGGCUCCAUCGCCCUUGGUCCCGCCUGUAGCGUUCCCCGAGAUGUGACCCCAGCUGAUUGCCCAUGCGCGCUCCCGGGACCCAGGCACCGGGUCGCCCGGCACUGCCGCGGCUGCUGCUCCCGCUGUUGUUGCUGCUGCUGGCCGCUUCGGGACGGGCAGUUCCUUGUGUCCCUGGCGGUUUGCCUAAACCUACAAAUAUCACCUUCUUGUCUAUCAACAUGAAGAAUGUCCUGCAUUGGAAUCCACCCGAGGGUCAACACGGAGCUGAAGUCACAUACACUGUGCAGUAUUUCAUAUACGGCCAGAAGGAAUGGCUGAGUGUGUCUGAAUGCAGAAGCAUCGGCAGGACCUACUGCGAUCUUUCUGCUGAGACCUCAGACUAUGAGCACCAGUACUAUGCCAAGGUGCAGGCCGCUUGGGAAACCAAGUGUUCCGAAUGGGCUGAGACGGGACGGUUCUAUCCUUUCCUAGAAACACAAGUUGGCCCGCCAGAGGUUGUCCUGAAAACGGGAGAGAAGUCUGUCUCUAUUGUCCUGAUAGCACCGGAGAAGUGGAAGAUAAAUCCCGAAGAUGACCCUGUCUCUAUGCAGCAGAUAUACUCCAAUCUGAAGUACAACGUGUCUGUGCACAACACUAAAUCACGAAUGUGGUCCCAGUACAUCACCAACAGCACACUGGAGUUCACCUGGCUGGAACCAAGCAUUCAAUACUGCAUCCGCGUGGAGUCUUUUGUCCCAGGGCCCCCUCGUCUCCCUCUGCCUUCUCAAAAGCGAUGCUUCAGUACUUUGAAAGCCCGAAUGUCAGCAUUGAAGUUUAAAGUCAUCUUCUGGUAUGUCUUGCCCACGUCUGUCAUCGUCUUUCUUCUUUCUGUGAUUGGCUACUCAGUUUACCGUUACAUCCACGUUGGCAAAGAAAAGCACCCGUCGAAUUUGGUUUUGAUUUACGGAAAUGAAAUUGAAAGGUUCUUUGAACCUACUGAAACAGUUCAGUUCAAUUUUAUCACCCUCGAUAUGUUGGAUGAUUCUAAAUGUUCUCAAAAGGAUAUGAGCUUGCUGGGGAAAAGCAGUGAUAGUUCCAGCCUGAAUGACUCCGAGCUCCGUGGAAGCCGGGAGCCCCAUCUGGAGGAGGUGGAGGGACAACACUUAGGAUACUCUUCGCAUUUGAUGGACAAUGUCUGUGGUGCUGAGCGAAGCGACAGAAAUGCUUGCCUAGACCAGCGUGAAUGGCUUAGCGGCACCAUGCCCACUCCGGAGGCCGACACCGAGGCCGAGUACAGUGUCCCAACUGAUUUCUACAGAGAGGCCGAAGACCACCAGUUCUGUGGGCAGGAAGAGGCAUCCAGCACAGGGAAAUUAUCUGAGCCACAGGCAGCUUCAGCAAACUUCGGUCCGCCUCUUGAAGACCUACGUCCCCUGGGACAGGAGCAUCCUGGCUCAGGAGAGGGGCCAGAGGAAGAGUCAUCUACAACACUGGUGGAUUGGGACCCUCACACUGGCAGGCUGUGCAUCCCUUCUUUACCUAGCUUUGGCCAGGAGCCUGUGGAAUACCAACGUUAUGAGAGAGAACGGCUUGCAGAGGGUGGCCUUUUGUCUAGACUCUAUGAGAGCCAGGCACCUGACAAGUCAGAGGACGAACAUGAGAACUAUUUCAUGCAAUUUAUGGAGGACUGGGGGUUGAGUGUACGAAUGGAAAGCUAACCCCAUAUGUUUUGUUGGCUGACUUCUUUAGUGACGGGGCAUGUGCCUGUCAGCAAAUGAAUGAACCAUUCCAGGGGGUGAACCACGGAAAUAAGUAGGUCAACCCGUGUUCAGAUUCCCCAGCAUUAGACAUGACUGUCUUGUUUCUGUUCACGCACUUGGUUGACCCUGCCACCUCCAGAUGGUUGACUUCUACGGGACCAUCUUCCCAAUCCACAGCAAAUCCUGGAGUACAGGAACUUCCUGGAAUACAGAGCCCUGGGCUUUGUUGUAGACAGAGUAAGCAUUUCCAGUUUGGAUGGGGAGUGUGUACCAUGGUCAAGGUUUCCUAUUUUCUAACAAGUACGCCUGUGCAGUUAGGUUCUGGAUUUUUACCAUAUGCAUGUAACUCUAUCCAAAUGUUUCAUAAAA